AUGCCGGCGAUAAAAAGCCGCUCAAUGUCGCUGGACACAAAGGGCAAAGUGAUUGGGUGUCAAGUUUGUAGCAAACAUACGAAAAGUAAUCAUCUUGGAGUUGAUGUAGGUAAUAAAAAUGGCAAAAACUUUCUUUACAAAACCUUAAACAACAAGAACUUUCUUUAGAAAACAAAAAUGGCAAAAACUUUCUUUACAAAGCGAAAAAUGGCAAGAACUUUCUUUACAAAUCAAAAAAUGGCAAAAACUUUCUUUACAAAGCGAAAAAUGGCAAAAACUUUCUUUACAAAGCGAAAAAUGGCAAAAACUUUCUUUACAAAGCGAAAAAUGGCAAAAACUUUCUUUACAAAACCUUAAACAACAAGAACUUUCUCUGAAAACAAAAAUGGCAAAAACUUUCUUUACAAAGCGAAAAAUGGCAAGAACUUUCUUUACAAAACACAAAAUAGCAAAAACUUUUUUACGUAACAUAAAGUGGCAACAACUUAUUUAUAAACAUGUUCCACAGCCGUAUUUUACAUAAAUUUUAGGUUUGCCGAGCAUGCGCAUCGUUCUUCAAACGGUCUAUGAUCGAGAACAAACGAUACCAAUGUAAAGAUGGAAAACAGGAGUGUAGCUUGUUGAAUCGUAAGUCUAAACUUCAUAUUAAACCCAAAAUUCAUUUUUAAGCCUAAAAUUUAUUUUUAAGCUUAAAUUUCAUUUUUAAGCCUAAAACUCAUUUUUCAGACCAAAAAGUCAUUUCUUAAGCCUAAAAUUAAUUUUUAAGCCCCUAACUAAUCUUUAAAGGUUAAAAUUUAUUUUUAAGCCUGAAAUUAAGUUUUAAGCUUAUAUUUCAUUUUUAAGCCUAAAAUCUAUUUUUUAGCUUAAAAUUAAUGUUUGAGUCUAAAAUUCGUUACAUUUUGAAGUCUGAAAUUCAUUUUUAAGCCUAUAAUAAUAUCAUUGCUUUCAGUUGAUGGCAAAAGAAUCCUUUGUAAGCUCUGCCGUUUCUACAGAUGCCAAGAGCUGAUCAUACCUAUAAACUGUAAGUUAAAAAUUUUAUUUUUUAAAUUGUAAAUUUUAGUGAGCGACACAAUGUACACAAAGGACGGUCUCUACAGUUCCAACGGCUUCAAAAUUGAUUACUCAAACAUACCAUUGCUACGGUAUAUGGUACAAGGCUAUGACAAAUGGUGCGAUCAACAACUGGAAAUUGUUAAGAAAAUGCAUCCGAACAUCGAGUUCACUACAGGCACGGUAGGUUUCUGAAAAUUUUAGAGUCGGAACAACAAGGAUAGGAUAGAAUAAAGAAGGGUAGGAUAAGGAAAGGAAGGUUUGAGUAAGGGAGGGCAGACAAGACGGGAACUUUUGUUCUGGGGUGGGCUUGAAAAAAUCCACAGGGUAGACCACGGUCAACUCUUUUCGGAAAUUUUUGUUGUCUUAUCUCCCCGCGCCCGGCCCUGAGGGCAGAGUAAAGCAAGGAAAUGUAAAAAAAGGUUGUGUAAGAAAGGGCAGGGUUAAAUAAGUAAAAGCAGCGUAAAGAAGGAGAGAGUAAGAAGGGAAUAAUUGAGUAAGGAAGGAAAGUGUAAAAGAGGCAACGUUACGAAAAGUAGGGUAAAGAAAAGACAAGGUAAGGAAAGGCAGGGUAAGUAAGGGAAGGGUUCAGUAAGGAAAGACAGCAUAAAGAAGGGCAGGGCAAACAACAGCAGGGUAAAGAGAAGCAAUUUAAGGAAAAAAAGAAAGGUAAUAGUUAAGUAAGUAAGGACAAGGUAAAAGAGGCAACGUUACAAAGAGUAGGGUAAAGAAAGACAAGAUAAGGAAAGGCAUGGUAUAGCAAAGGAAGAUUUCUGUUCUACGCUAUAGAGUAGCUUAAGUGAAGGUAGUUAAGCUACAAACAGGGCCGGGCGCUUGGGAACCCCUCCCCAUCUUGGAAAAAACUUUUUAUAAAAGGUUGAACGUGGUCUCCCUUGUGGAUUAUUGGAAAAAACGAUUUUUUGGACCCCCGCUUUCCAGACCAAAGUCCCCGCCCGGCCCUAGCUACAACAAAUUACUUUAUAAACUUUUUUAUUCUUUAAUUAACGAUUUUAUAUUUAUCGUAUUUUACCCAAAAUAUUUUAGUUCAUAACCCCUCCAAAGUCCUUUAUAUUUGAAUUGGAAUGCCGCGGCUUCAAAGGUCUAAUGCAGAUCAUAAACCAACAUUUUGGACCAUUCAAUACUCUACCUCAAGCUCAACAAGUAAGAAUAAACUAUACAUUAACAAUCUUUAUUUAAUUUACAGUAUAAUUACAGCCAGUUUAAAAAAAAAUUUUGCUUAAUUCUACCCCCCCCUCUUCUUCCCUAAUUUACCUUAUUUUUCAUUAUCAGAUAAGAAUAAUGAGCCAAGCCUACGUCGAAAUUCGUUAUUGGCACGAAUGCUGUCUGACCAGCCAAAUCUGUCCUCAUCCAAGUGACACAAAAUUCGUAUUCUCACCGGUUUAUUGGGGCGACCCAACUAAUAUCAACUACAAAUGGUGGUUUUGUGGCUAUGUUGGCAAAAGUGACCUCGACAAAUACAUAAAGUAUGGUUUAAGAAAUUUUGCGAUUUUUAAAUUUUUUUUAAAAUUUUUUGAAUUUUAAAGAAUUAAAAAAAAUUUUUUCUUUUUUUUAAUUUUAAAAAUUAAAAUAAUUUUUUAAAAAUUUUUUUUUUAUUUUUUUAAAUUUUAAAAAUUUAAAAAAUAUUUUUUUUAUUUUUUUUUAAUUUUAAAACUUUUUUAAAAAUAAAUUUUUUUCUAAAUUUUAUAUAAUGCUGAACUCUUUAAGGACUCUAAUGCCAGUACUGGCAGUUUAUGGCCAAUUUGUCGGAAAAUUUAAGAAGUUGAAAAUGCAGAAAAUUGACGGUGUUGUACUCAUGUUUCUAACGUUGUGGCGGUACAGUAAGUAAAAUGAAACCUUUUUUUAAUUUACAUUACUCUGAUCACAGUCUAAGAUGUGCGUAUUAAAUCAUAGCCUGUUUUAGUUCUAUUCUAUCUCUACCCUAAUUUCUACUUUUGCCUUUACAGCUUCUAAACUGAGGUUAAUAUUGCAUUACUCUGGUCGACCCCUAGCUUCUACUCUUGCAUUUAUCUUAGACCUAUUUAGAUCGAACGCUGCGUCUUAACUUAGUUUUAAUGUUAUUAGCAUGGCCGAGCGGAUUCUUUGCGAAAAUGUAGUUACAUAUAAAAAUACACAGGGGGGGGGGUCAAGUUUAACUUUUUUAAGUUUAGUUUUACUGUGGGGUUACAUUAGCUUAAUCCAAGCCCUACACUAGCCCUAUAUUAGCCCUACAUUAAUCUUACUCUAACCCUAAGCCCUACUCUAUUAGCCUUACUCUAACCCUAAGCCCUAGUCUAGCUUUUCCUUGGCCUUUGCCUAGCCCCAGCUUAGUUUUGCUUUAUCUCUACGCUUUGGUUAUCUUUGUCUUACUCUGGCUUUACUUUUCUUCUACAUUAUCUUCCAUAGUUCAUUGUAAAAAUGCAUUUUUUAGUUGAAUACAACAACAGUUUGACGAUUGAAAUGGAGAAGUUCAAAGACAGAAUUAUGACCGAAUAUGCCGUAAGCUUACGACAGAGAUUUGGCCAAGGAGCUACAAUACAGCUGACUAAUAUUAUGCUGUUCUACAAGGAAGUUGACGUAAGUAAUACAAUCAACACUAUCAGUAAAAGCUUUGUAAAGGGACUUUUUGAGAUUUUUUGUAAAGAAACUUCUUGCUGUUUUGACAUUGGUAAAGAAAGUUUUUGUCAUUUUUUGUAUUGUAAAGAAAGUUCUUGCUGUUUUGACUUUUGUAAAGGAAGUUCUUGCUAUUCUGACUUUUGUGAAGAAAGUUCUUGCCAUUUUUUGUUUUGUAAAGAAAAUACUUGCCGUUUUAAAUAAAAAACUUAAACUUCAGCAAAUGAACACAGACUUAGAGCACAUGCGUACUCAACUGAACGUGCUUCGAAUGAGUAAAAGCGAUGAAGGUUAUGAAUGUCUGUUGAGUGAAGAGAUGAUGAAUCUAAAGUGUUCAGAAUAA